AUGGUAAUGGGAACGUACAGAACCGCGCGCGUAGAAUUGCCACAUGAGGCCGAGAAGCAUGCGGACGCAACCUCGGAUUCAGAGGACGAUGUUGAAGAAGGAACAGGUCAGGGAGGAGGCGGUGAUCCAUUGAGUGACCUCCCUGACGAAACAGAGGACCUUGACCUCGUGCACUCUGGGAUAUCCGCUUUGGAGAAUCUUCGGCUCGCGCGGUUCGCUGGCCACCUGAAGCGCCUUUGCCUUCGCCAGAACUUCAUUUCAUUCCUAGAUCCCGCCGUGUUCAAUCAGCUAACGCUUUUGGAGGAGCUCGAUCUGUAUGACAACAAGCUCAAGGCCGUCGGCGAUUCCCUGAACUCUUUGUCAAAUCUCUCUGUAUUGGAUCUGUCGUUCAACCUCCUGAAAGCGAUCCCAGACACGUUGGAGCAUCUUACGGCUCUCAAGACCGUCUACUUUGUCCAGAACCGAAUAUCGACGAUCAGCGGUCUUCAAGGCCUGGGUGCCACGCUUCGAAGCUUGGAACUGGGCGGCAACAAGCUGCGGCAAAUCGAGAACCUGGAUGCACUCGUGAAUCUCGAAGAACUGUGGUUGGGCAAGAACAAGAUAACGAAGCUAGAGAACCUGGGGAACCUGAAACGGCUCAAAAUCCUGGCGCUGCAAUCUAAUCGCCUGACGAAGAUCGAAGAAGAACUCUAUCUCAGCCACAACGGCGUGCAGAAGCUGGAGGGCCUGCAACACAACUUGCGCCUCACGACACUCGACGUCGGCAACAACUUCAUUUCCACGAUAGAAAACCUCUCCUAUCUCCGAUCGCUCGCGGAACUAUGGAUCAACAACAACAAGAUCCCGAAUUUACAAUCGCUCGAAUCGCAGCUGGCGCCUCUGCCGUGUCUAGAGACGAUCUACCUCGAGGGAAACCCCUGCCAGCAGGCGGAAGGCGCCAACUACCGCCGCAAAAUCAUGCUCGCCCUCCCCAAGAUCAAACAGAUCGACGCGACGUAUAUCCCCCAUAAGUAA